AUGAAAGUAGCAGUGGUUGGAGCAGGGAUAAGUGGACAAGUUGCUGCAUAUGAAUUGGCAAAAUCUGAUGUCAAAGUUGUGGUUUAUGAGAAGGAACAUUAUCUAGGUGGCCAUGCUAAGGAAACUUAUUCGAACCUGAUAGAAUAUUUUGAGUUGCUUGGAGUUAAUAUGAACAUCUCUGAUAUGUCAUUCUCAGUGAGCUUAGACCAAGGCCGUGGUUGUGAAUGGGGUACUCGAAAUGGAUUCUCUAGUUUGUUUGCACAGAAGAAGAAUGUACUGAAUCCAUAUUUUUGUGGAGCAUAUCAAGGCUAUGGCUUCCAUGAGGAUGGACUUAAGGCUGGUGUGGCUGCUGCAGAUGGCAUGCUUAGAAGGACUUGUUGUAUUCUGGAUAACCCCAAGCAUAUGGUACCAACCUGGCCUGAAACUGGAGCACGCCUCCUCGUUACUAGAUUUCUCAAAAGUUUCAUUCAAACAGGAUGCAUAAUCUUGUUGGAAGAAGGAGGCAAAAUUUUCACCUUCCAAGGAACAGAGAAGAAAUGCUCUCUCAAAGUUUCUCUUAGAGUUCAUAAUACCAUAUGCUUAGGGUUAUCCAGAAUACAACAAUUCCUUCUAAGCUUAACCAAUCUCUUACAGGUUGCAACUCGAGCUAACUUAGGGAUUGCUGAUGCUUUUAUUCAUGGGGAUAUCUCCUUUGUUAAUAAGAAUGAAGGUCUUCUUAAUCUUUUCAUGAUAUAUGUUGCCAACAGAGAUUUGAAAGCAUCUGUUAAAAGAGGCUGGUGGACACCACUACUAGAUCUGUCAUCUGCAAAAUAUUUCAUUGGACAUGUUUCAAAUCGAAACACCCUGACUCAGGCUCGUCGGAAUAUCUCUCUUAGAUUUAUCACUUCCUUCUUGUAUUUUUUUCUUUUCCAGAGUAAUGAACUCUUUUCACUCUUUCUGGAUGAGACAAUGACAUACUCAUGCGCAAUUUUCAAGAGUGAGGACGAAGACCUGAAAGAUGCACAACUGAGAAAGAUUUCUGUUCUAAUUAAAAAGGCAAAAAUUAGCAAGAAACAUCACAUUUUAGAGAUUGGAUUUGGUUGGGGAAGUUUCGCGGUGGAAGUUGUCAAGCAAACAGGAUGUAAAUAUACUGGUAUAACUCUUUCGGAGCAGCAACUGGAGUAUGCACAGUUGAAAGUUGAGCAAGCAGGCCUUCAGGAUCGAAUCACCUUACUCCUAUGUGACUAUCGUCUAAUGCCAAAUAAGGACAAAUAUGACAGGAUUAUAUCAAUCGGGAUGAUAGAACAUGUCGGUCAUGAUUACAUAGAGGAAUUCUUUACUAGCUGUGAGUCUGCAUUGGGAGAAGAUGGGCUUCUAGUUCUACUGUUCUUUUCAAUACCAGAUGAGAGGUAUGACAGUCACAGGCAGAGCACAGACUUCAUGAGAGAGUAUAUAUUCCCAGGUGGAUGCUGCAUCCAGACUAUGGUAACAAAGAGUUCAUUUUAUGUAGUGAUAGGAAUUCAUUACUAUCAGACACUGAGAUGUUGGCGAAAUAACUUCCUGAAAAACAAAAGACAAAUUCACGCUUUGGGAUUCGAUGACAAGUUCAUUAGGGCAUGGGAGUACUACUUUGACUAUUGUGCUGCUGGAUUCAAAACACGCACAUUUGGAGAUUAUCAGAUUGUAUUUUCAAGGCCAGGCAAUGUUGCAACAUUUGGUGAUCCUUACAAUGUUACUGUGUCUACAGUGUAUUAG